CGCGGGUUCUCAUGCUAACGUCAGCUAACCGACCAACUGACAACUGACAACUAUCCCGGACCUCAACGGCUCGUCAACAUACUGUCAGGCUGACCACCGCAGCCCACGAACGGCUUCGUGUGGCCGCUGUAGACGGUCUUCAGUGUCCCCGGCAGCCAUUCCGCUGUAGCACUGUGGAGAAAGUCAGAAGUCCGGUCUGUUGUUGACAUCCAUGACGGGAUCGGAUGUGUGUUGUGUCAGUAGCUCCUCUAGCUAGCGUCACUUUUUUUUUUUUUUUUCGCGGAAGUUUCCCCCCCUCGGUGGUAUGCAUUCAAACCCUUAGCGCACUCCGACUGGGCAUUAGGCCGGACUUCAGUGUUUUAGUACUCGGGUUGCGAUGAAGCUGCAGUGUGAUGUCGAGGUGGUGAACCGGAUGCUUCCCACGUUUGGGAUGAAAAGUCGGGGCAAAGGGACGAGAGCGAUGGUCUCCAUCGGGAAGCAUUUGGACAAGACGAGUCAACGCAGCAACGUUUACAUGAUGAUCUGCACAUCCAAAGACAGAGCGGGCUCCAAGUACAAGUUAAAAGACAACAUAGAGAAAUUCUUCACCUGGUUUGUAGAAGAAGGCAAGGCCACCGUGAGAUUAAAGGAACCAGCUGUUGACAUCUGUUUGAGCAAGGCGGAUGCCAAUAGCUUAAAGAACUUCCUCUCGGCCGCUCGCUUGGCAGACAGAGGUAGUGACACAAGCAGCCUUCCUCUCUCCACACUCACUCCUGUUCGCGCCAGAGACGUAGAGCAACCCAAGAAGAAGCUCACCAUCGUUUCCAAGAAGGACUACCCCCUCACCUCCAGCUUCCCCUACUCUCUGGAGCAGCUGCAGGUCUCCUACUGCAAACUGUCAAGGGUGGACAUGCGGAUGCUGUCCCUUAAAGCUCUCCGCAAGCUAGACCUCAGCAACAACCACAUCAAGAAACUCCCUGCCACCAUUGGCGACCUCAGCUGCCUCUCUGAACUCGUCCUCCACAACAACCACCUGGAAGCCUUCAGCGUGGCCCUCUGCCUGUCCACCCUGCAGCGUACCCUCCAGGUCCUGGACCUCAGCCAGAAUCGACUGCAGUCCCUCCCCGCUCAGUUCUGCCAGCUCAGAGAACUAGUGAACCUCAAACUGGACGACAAUGAGCUUGUUUGUUUGCCGUUCCACAUCGGCCGGCUCUCGAAGUUGAGGUUCCUGUCAGCGGCACAUAACCAGCUGGCUGCGUUGCCCAGUGACUUCCGCAAGCUGAGUCUGGAGAACCUGGACCUGUUUGGAAAUCCGUUUGUCCAACCUAACUCUCUGGACCACACAAUGAAACUUACAUUCCCCCUUCCACUUCAAGAGUUGGCUUCCAGAGCUGUGGCCAACCUCAGGAUACCAUACGGACCUCACCUCAUUCCUGCCCACUUGUGUCGGGACCUCGAAGUAGCCAAGACCUGCGACUGUGGCCGCGUCUGCAUUAAUUUCUACAUCAAGACGGCGGUCAGCAUGAACCUGCACCAAGUCUCUCACACGGUGGUGCUGGUGGACGACAUGGGCGGCACGGAUGCACCGGUGCAGCGGCACUUCUGCUCUCUCUCCUGCUACUCUGAAUUUCUAGACAACUCCCUCCAGAGAGGAAUCAGAUGAGGGAGAAGAAACUGUUGUUUGACAGGAAAUGCACCAAGAGCUGGAAAUUGCUGUAGAUUUUGCAACAGACUGCAAGUUGUGAGAUAUUGUAAGAGGGUAUUUGAUGAGACAAGGACACAAGGACUAGUAAAGCUCAGUGCUCCAGUUUUCUGGUAAUGCCUUUAACUGAAAGGAGAAUACUGACUCUGUUAAGCUUUGUUUUUAAAGUGCUUCAUACUGCCAUGUUUUACACUUACAUCCAACUUAUUAUGCACUUCUCACACAUCAGAAACGGGGUAGGAGACGAGCAUAAAUACCCUUUUUGUACCUGCUCCAUCUGUAACUGAGUGGACUUUAUGUAACUCAAACUGACACAUAAUGACAGUUUCCCUGUGCUGCUGGUGAGUUUCACAUACAGACUGUUCUGCUCUUCCUGCCUCUUGAAGCAAACUGCAGGUUCCCCCACAGACCUACUUCUACUCAGCAAGGGAAUAAAGAAAUUAGAUGAAUUAGAGUUUUCUCCUGAACACAGAGUGCCUCAGGGUCCAUGAGUAAAGGGAGUUGGUUUUUACUGUGCUAAUGACCCACAACUUUUAUAUAUAUAUGUGGAAAAAUUCAAUAAAAUAGAAGUAUUCAUUA